UAUUUAUUGUAUUUAUUUUAAUAAGCUUGAUGAUUAGAAAAAAAAAAAAGCCAUGAGGGGAAAAAAAAUGAAGGGAACAACUUGAAGCUUCAAAAAAACACCACCACCAGUCACCACUACUCCUACUCUCUCUAUAAAAGACUCCAUGUCUUGUGGUGAAACGCCAUUUUUGGUCUAGCUUUGAUGUGUGUUGACUGUUGACACUCAAAACACUCAAAAAUAUAAACAAUUGUGACUUUAUAAGUUAAUUUGUGAAAUUGUUAACAAAAAUAAAUGGAAAAAUGAGGAAAGAACAUACGGCCGAGACUUCACGUCGGCCUUACAAAUUAGUUCACCAAAUAGUCAGUUUAACUGGUAUUAAUUUUGAUAAAAAAACCAUUAUUGGUUUUGUGGAAUUGACAAUUGUUGGACGUGAAAAUUUACGUACAAUAAAAUUAAAUAUACGUCAAUGUAGAAUAUAUCGUAUAUGUUUAAAUGAUAUUCAUGAGCUAGAUAAUAAUACUGAUUUUGAUUAUUUUGAUCCAUUUUUGGAUAUAUGUCAAGGUGAUAAAACAAAAAAUAAACGUUCAUUAAGUUAUUUUUCUGAAAUGCAUUUACAAGCUGCUCAAAAAGUUGAUCCAGAUAAUAAUUGUGGUGAAUUAUUAAUAAAAAUACCACAACGUUUAUUAAAUCUUGUUACUGAAGGUACAACAUUUAGAAUUGGUAUUGAAUUUUCAUUAGAACAACCACAAGGUGGUGUACAUUUUGUUGUACCAAAUUGUGAAGGUACACUUGCUGAACGUGGUGCACAUAUGUAUACAUAUUCAUAUGAAAAUUCAUCACGUUUAUGGUUUCCAUGUGUUGAUAGUUUUGCUGAACCAUGUACAUGGAAACUUGAAUUUACUGUUGAUGAAAAAAUGACAGCUGUAUCAUGUGGUGAUUUAAUUGAAGUUGUAUAUACACCAGAUAUGAGAUAUAAAACAUUUCAUUAUACAUUAAAUACACCAACAAGUGCACCAAAUAUUGCACUUGCUGUUGGUCCAUUUGAAAUAUUUGUUGAUCCAUAUAUGCAUGAAGUAACACAUUUUUGUUUACCAAAAUUAUUAGAAUCAUUAAAAAUAUCAGCAAAAUAUAUGCAUGAAGCAUUUGAAUUUUAUGAAGAAACAUUAUCAAAUAGAUAUCCAUAUUCAUGUUAUAAACAAGUAUUUGUUGAUGAAAUAAAUGAAGAUGUUAAUGCAUAUGCAACAAUGAGUAUAUUAAAUACAAAUUUAUUACAUUCACCAGCAAUUAUUGAUCAAGUAUAUAUUACUAAAAUAGCCAUGGCACAAGCAAUUGCUGAACAAUUUUUUGGUACAUUUAUAUCAAUGGAAAAUUGGUCUGAUACAUGGUUACCAAAAGGUAUAUCAACAUAUUUAACUGGUUUAUAUGCUAAAAAAUGUUUUGGUAAUAAUGAAUAUCGUGAUUGGAUACAAUCUGAAUUACAAGAUGUUGUUAAAUAUGAAGAAGAAUAUGGUGGUAUUAUAUUAGAUUCAUCACAACCACCAGCACCAUUACCAAUUAAUGUUAAUACACCAAUACAACCACAACGUCAACAACAAGAAACUGAUUUUUAUUUUCCAAUACGUAAUUUACAUACAGUGUCACCAAAUUAUAUGAAAGCAUUACGUAAAAAAUCACAUCUUGUUAUUAGAAUGUUAGAACAUCGUAUUGGUCUUGAAUUAUUACUUCAAGUAUUUAAUAAACAAUUAUCAUUAGCAAGUAAUGCAUCACAACAAAAAUAUGAUAAUUGUGUAUGGUCACAUAUGUUAAUAUCAACAAAUGUAUUUGCUAAAGCAAUAUUUACUGUAACUGGUAAAGAUUUAUCAGUAUUUAUUGAUCAAUGGGUACGUACUGGUGGUCAUGCUAAAUUUAAUUUAAGUUUUAAAUUUAAUAGAAAACGUAAUACAGUUGAACUUGAAAUUAAACAAGAAUCAAUUAAUCAACGUGGUAUUAGAAAAUAUGUUGGUCCAUUAUUAAUAAAUAUACAAGAGCUAGAUGGUCCAUUUAAACAUACAUUACAAAUUGAAGGUACAAGUGCUAAAGCUGAUAUAACAUGUCAUAGUAAAAGUCGUAGAAAUAAAAAAAAAAAAAUACCAUUAUCAACUGGUGAAGAAGUUGAAAUGGAUUUAUCAAGUAUGGAUGAUUCACCAGUUUUAUGGAUACGUAUUGAUCCAGAAAUAACAAUGAUGAGAUCAGUUAAUAUUGAACAACCAGAUUAUCAAUGGUGUUAUCAAUUACGUCAUGAACGUGAUGUUACUGCACAAAAUGAUGCUAUUAAUGCUUUACAAUCACAUGCUGUUCCAAAUACACGUUUAACAUUAACUCAUAUUAUUGAAAAUGAAAAUUGUUAUUAUAAAGUACGUUUACGUAGUGCAUUAUGUUUACAAAAAGUUGCUAAUGGUAUUGCACAUUGGAAUGGACCACCAGCAAUGCAAGUUAUAUUUCGUAAAUUAUUUGGUUCAGCAUCAUCAAAUAAAUUAAUUGUUAAACAAAAUAAUUUUACAAAUUUUCAACAUUAUUUUUUACAAAAAACAAUACCAAUUGCAAUGGGUGGUUUACGUGAUGAACAUAAUCAAUGUCCAGAUGAUAUUGUUAAAUUUUUAAUUGAUUUAUUUAAAUAUAAUGAUAAUUCAAAAAAUCGUUAUUCAGAUAAUUAUUAUCGUGCAUCAUUAAUAGAAGCAUUAGGUAAUACAAUAACACCAGUUAUAUCAAUACAACAUGGUGCAUCAAUAACACCAUCAACAUUAUCAACAAAUACAGCAUUAAUUGUUGAUGAAAUAACAAGAAAUUUAAAUUUAGAAAAAUUAUUACCAUGUUAUAAGUAUACUGUUACAGUAUCAUGUCUUAAAGUUAUUAGAAUAUUACAAAAAUUUGGUCAUUUACCAAGUAAAUCAGAUAUAUUUAAAUCAUAUGCAUCAUAUGGACAAUUUAUUGAUGUUAGAAUAGCAGCACUUGAAGCACUUGUUGAUUUUACUAAAGUUGAUGGUAAACAAGAUGAUUUAGAUUUUUUAUUGGAUAUGAUUGACAUGGAUCCACAUCCUGGUGUACGUCAUAAACUUGUACGUUUAAUGGUUGAUAAUCCACCAUUUGAAAGAGCACGUAAUCAUCAUCUUGAUACACCAGAACUUGUUGAACGUAUAUGGACUUUAAUGAAUUGUUGUUUAUCACAUGAUGCUAAAUUACGUUGUGAUCUUGUUGAUCUUUAUUAUGCAUUAUAUGGUACAAAUCGUCCAUUAUGUUUAUCUGAUACAAAAAAAAAUGGUUUACAAGAAUCUUCAAAUGACAAUAAAAAAAUUAGUAAUAAUAUAACAAAUAAUAAAAUUGAUGAUAUUAUCCAUAGUGAAACUAAUGAUAAUCCAUUUAAAAGAAAAGAAAGAUCACCAUCAAGACAAUCACAACCAGGACCAUCUGGUAUAUGUGAUAAUCAACAACAAUCAUCAGCAAUUAAAAAACAAAAAUUAUCGAAUAAUGAAGUACAAAUAAUUGGAACAACAACAACAAUAGUUACAUCAACAACAACAACAGUUAUAAAUUCAACAACUACAGCUAAAACAACAACAGGAACUGGAGCAACUGUUGUUGGUAGUGAUGGUAAAAUUAAAACUGAAUAUUACAGUGAUAAUUCAGCAUCAUUACCUGGAUUAAUGGGUACAAAAGGACCAAUUGGUUUUGAACCAGGAAUGUUUGAUAAAGAUAAUAAUGAUAAAAAUGAUACAAAAGUUAAAAAGAAAAAGAAAGAUAAAAAAAGACAUAAACAUAAACAUAAACAUAAGCAUGAUCAUAAACAUAGUAAAGAUAAAGAUAAAAAAGAUAAGGAUAAAAAAGAAAAAGAUAAAGAUAAAAAGGAUAAAGAUAAAAAUGAUUGUGUUAAAAUUAAAGAUGAUGUUAUUAAAGAAGAAAUUAAAGAAGAAACAUUAAGUUCAGUUAGUUCAACUCCAAGUCCAGAACCAAGAAAUCUUGGUUCUAAUAGUGGUUUUUGAAUUUCUUAAAUAUAAAUAUAUAUUUUUUAUUAACAUUUUUUUUUUUUUUUUUAAUCAAUUAAUGUCUAAUGAGAUAUUUAAAAUAAUUAUUUAACAUUAAUAAUUAAAUAAAUAUUGUAAUUAUAAAUAUUUUAAAUAAAUGAAAAUUAUGUAAAAAACAAA